UCAUUGCGACAGCUGCUUUUCGAUUUGUUGAUUGAAUGUGUGCAAAAAUGCCACGAGCAAAGAUAUAAAAACACUUUAAUGUUAUUGAAAGCUGUUGCAUUGAUCAAAAUUUAGGGUUGAUGCGACAUGGAUAAACGACAGCGCGAGCUGGAAGCGCUAGUAACCACGCAGAAGGAGCAAUUGUCGCGCUAUGAGAAGCGACUCAAAGACGUGGUCACUGCGUACAAGGGACUGCUGAAGGAGAAGGAGGCGCUGGAAACAAGCUUGGCGGCGCACGCGGAAGCCACUGGAGUCAAGGAUGCAAUUGCCGGCGAUACAGGUGAAUCCCCAGCUGACGGUCAGGUCAGUGCAGACGCCGCUGAUGGAUCCACAGCAGCGGGCAGUGGUGAUGAGGACAAGGGACAGCUGCAGACGCAAAUCAUCACGCUGAUGAAUUCGCUGGCCACGCUCUCGGCGGAAAAGUCACGCAUGGAGGCAUCAUUCCAGGCGGACAAGAAGCAGCUACGUGCCCAGAUAGCACAGAAGGAGCAGAGCAUCCAAGAGCUGCAUGUCAAGGCCAAGGAGCAGGCGUUGCGAGCCAAGCAGGAUGUGGAUGAGGUAAAGGCCAAGUGGAUAAUCGAGCGCCAGGAGCGUGAAAAGGAGACCAACAAUCAAAUGAUAAUGUUACGGGAAUUGCAAAAGCUCUAUGCGGACGAGCGUCAUCUCAAGGAGAACAUCGAGAUGCAGCUCAACAAUUUCAAGACUCAAUUCGCCAGCAACGAGGCAGAGAACAGUCGCCUCCGGGAGCUGCAGCUCCAGUUGAAGGAGGCGCGUGCGCAGCUAAAGCAAUUCCAGUUGAAGACGGAGCAAUCGAUGGCUGCUGCCUCUGCUACGGACAGCAACGCAGUGCUGCAGCAGGUCCGCCAGGAGAUGCAGCAGCUGAAGGAACAGCACGCGGUGGCCAUUAAGCAGGAGCAGCGGCGUGUGCUGCGUGCCGAGGAGCAGAGCCGUCGCCAGGCAGCACUGCACGAGGAUCGUGUGGCCAAUUUGGAGGCGCGUCUCGCCGAGCUAAGCAGCUCGGUGGGCAAUUACGAUCGAUUGCGUCAGCAGGAUCAGGACAGCAUACACGUGCUCAAGCAACAACUACAGGAGCUGGAGCAGGCGCACAACCGAAAAUCAUCUGCUCCACGACUGCAGAGCGAUAGCGAUGCCGACAUGGUUGUCCUGGUGGAUGAGAUAGUGCGCCUAAAGAAGCUGCUGGCCAGUGCCAAUGCACGCUCCUCGAAUCCCUUGGAUCUGAGCCACGUGCUGGGCAGCAACCAUGCUGCCGCUUCCGCCGACAGUCACGUUCAGUGCGAGCAGCAGCUGCAGAGCUUGCAGCAGAUGCUGGACAACGGCAAACAGCAGCGAUCGCAGCUGGAGCAGAAGAUUCAACUGCAGCAGACGCACAUACAGACGCUGCAGGAUAAGGUGCAGGUGCUCAAUCGUAAUAUUGACGAGGCAGAGCUGGAGCUGAAGCAGCAAGGCGACAAGAUGCGACUCGCCCUCAAGACGGAGCGUGCCAAGUGGCAGGAGGCGAAGGCGGAGCAGGAGAACGAGACACGCUGCAAGCUGAACGAGUUGGAGCAGCUGCUGCAGAAGCAGCGUCAGCGUUCCUUGCAGCUGCUCGACGAGAAGGAGCAGGAGAUUAAGACACUGCAGACAUCCUUCGAGGUGUUUCACAAACCAAACCCAUCUCCACUGGAGGCCAAUGAACAGUGCAAUUACUCCUCGGACGCCGACAGCGUUGAGGUCGAAGGUGAACGGGAACGGGAUCGUGAGGUGGUGGCCAAGCUCAGGGUGAAGCCCAAGAAGCUAUCACUGGGCGACAAUUGUCACAUGCUCCACUAUGCCAAUGAGCUGGCGCGCAAGGACAUCGAAAUCACAGCUCUACGCAAGUCCAAAUAUGCUGCCGAGUCUACGCUGCGCAAGGCAAUCCAGGACAAGGUGACCGCACAGCAGGAGAUGCACGAAAGGAUCGAGUGCCUCGAGGAGCACGUGGACAGAUUGGAACGCUGCAAGACGCGAGAGGGCGCCAAUCUGGAGUACCUGAAGAACGUCAUCAUUAGCUUCAUUGUGACCCGGGAUGCGGAGGGCAAGCGUCACAUGCUGAACGCCAUCAGCGCCGUGCUGCAGUUCACCAGCUCUGAGAUGACGACCAUUAACGCAGCAUUCCUUAAGAAGUAGAUACAUUCAGUUCAGUUUUCCAUUAAUAUUUAUAGAAUUAUAUAGAUGUGUAACAAGAGAAAUGUAUAAAAUACGCGUAGAAUCC